AUGAAAUUCUUCCUUAAAAUUUAUACAUUAUAUUCAAAUCAUUCUCUAUUCUACUCAAACUAUGCAAAAUUCAUUUUUAAUUUAAUAAAAUCAGAAAAAAGUAACUAAUAUUUUUAAAUAAAAUUUUUAUUUAGUUUGCGAUAAUUUAAUAAAUUUAACACUAUUCCAGCCUUUCAAUUUUAUAUUAUAGACUAGAAAUGUUUAGUAGGUAAAAUAUAUUAUGAAAUCCAAAAAAUAAAAAAUUACAUUACUGUAUUAAUUUAUAAUAAUAUUUAGCUUAAAUAUGAUUUAUUGGAACAUAAAGUUAAGAGAAAUAUUGAAUAGCUGAUUAAUAAUUAUGAGGAUGAAAUAAUAAAAUAUAUGGAUUAAAAUUUAGUUGAUUAAAAAUUAUUUGAAAAGAAAUAUCAAAAAUUAUAAUAGAAUGCAAUUUAAAUUUAAAUUUAUUAAGAAGAAAAAAGAUCUUCUUUAAUAGAACAAUAAAAUUAAUUGAAGGAUGUCUUAAAUAUAUAAUAAGAGUAUAUACUAGAUGAAGAGGAUAUAGUUCCUUGGAUGACUGAAUUAAAUGAAAAAAAUGUUGAACAAGAGUUAUAUUAAUCAAAAAAAAACUUAUAAAAAUAUGAAAAAAAUGAAGUCAUUAUGAUGAUAUUUUAAAUUAAACUAAUCUAUUAAACUCAAACUUAUAUAAUUAUAUUAUAUAAAAAAAUCAUUCUGAUAGACUAAAUAUUAUUCAACAACAUUUUCCACAACCUUUCUUUGAAAAUUAUUUCAAUUUAGUUUUUUUUAGUCUAUAAUAAUAAUAAUUUUCUUACAUAUCCUGUUCCUCCUAAUACGAUUAUAAAAUCAUUAGAAAUUAUUUCCAAAGGCUGUAUGUUAAUUCCUUAAUUAUCACUUAAUUUUCUUAAUUUAAGACUUCAUUAUUAUAGAUGUCAACAAUCCGUCAAGCUACCAAAUCUUAAAGUGUAUAAUUAAAUUUCAGAUAUAUUAUUUUUGUGUAUAUUUAGAAAAUGGUCUAAUUUUAAAUUUGCAAGUCAAAAUUAUUAUAUGUGA